AUGGUUGGAAUUGGAGACUUGAGACUUGUGGGAAUUAUUCGGUUAAAAGUGUUUAUAAAUUCUUGCAAGAAUCUAAAGGUGCUUGGUGCCGUGAUGCCAAUAAUAAUUUUUGAAAGCGUCUGGUCGUUACAAAUACCUGCUAAGAUCAGUAACUUCUUAUGGAGGGCUGCUUCGGGUGUGCUCCCAACUUGUUUUCAACUCCAAAAACGUCAUGUUCCCGUCAAUGCUGACUGUCCGUUGUGUAACGCUCAUGUAGAAACCGUUCAACAUGCGUUGGUGGAGUGUGAGUUUGCUAAAGCUACUUGGAAUCGCAGCAUGGUCGACGUCGGGGUUGGGGCUGCAACAUUCAGCAGCUGGCUGUUGGGGAUCUUCGGCAGGGGGCACGAAGGUGAAAUGGAGGAAGUGGCUAUGUAUAAAUUUGCUCAAGGAAGGAAGGGUCUUUCGUUGUCUCCGCUGCAUGAUGGGAGGCGAAAUCUUGAGCGUUGGAAUGCACCUGAGUUAAACAAGAUCAAAAUUAAUGUUGAUGGGGCUUUAUUUGAACAAGAGGGGCGUUUUGGCAUGGGUUGUGUAUCUCGAAAUCAUCAUGAUGUUAUGGUAGAAGCAUUCCAGAAGGAGAAGAUUGGUUGUGUUCAACCCGAAAUUGCUGAGAUAAUAGGCAUUAAAGAAGCUUUGAGUUGGAUUGCAACUCAUUCGUGGGAUAGAGUCAUGUUGGGUGCUUCAGCUGGAUGA